ACACUUAUUGGAUACGACAUCCAUUUGCCGACGUGGGCAUCGACCGAAACGAGCAAAAGGCCCACACUACCGACUCGGAGCGGCUAGAUUUGAGUGCUCAGUCUCGGAACAAAAAGACAGGAUAACGCGUAUUUCUUCCCUAUAUACACUGGGCGACGCACGAAACGAUCGCCCCCGAAAUGGCGACCGACGUGAUCAAGGAGGAACCACAGCUGGAGCAUAAUGAGGAGCUCAAAGAUGAAAUCAAGCAAGAGGAGGGACCCGCUCCAUCCUCGGCUGCGUCGACUUCCCCGUCCGGUAGCAAGUCUCCGCUGCCCACGCCCAAGUCAGCCACUCCCAGCAAGGUCGCCAAAUCCCCUGCAAAUGGCUCCAAAAGCCAUAGCUCAGGGUCACGGCGGCCAUCGCGCAAGAGCACUCUCACCCAACAGCAAAAGAACCAGAAGAGACAGCGGGCAACGCAGGAUCAGUUAACCACGCUCGAGAUGGAAUUCAACAAAAACCCCACGCCAACUGCCGAAGUCCGCGUGAGGAUAGCUGAGGAGAUCAACAUGACCGAAAGGUCUGUUCAGAUCUGGUUUCAAAAUCGGCGUGCCAAGAUCAAGAUGUUGGCGAAGAAGAGUCUCGAGAGCGGCGAGGACAUGGACUCAAUCCCGGAGUCGAUGCGACAGUAUCUUGCAAUGCAGGCGAUGGAAUCGGGCAAGAGCAUCCCGGGCUUUUUUGGCCGGACUGGCUUUAUGCCCUAUGGACACCAGGGAAUGAUGGGCGGUGAACAGUCCGGGCCAGGCAAAGUCUUGAUUCACCAUCUCAAUUGCCGGUCCCUCACCAUCGGAAGGUGGAUGCGGGUUGGCCAAAAUGCGAUGGACUUGAUCAUCUUCUACUCUCCCGACAAAUGCACGAUGACCUACUACAUCAACAACGACCAGGCGGGUUACAAGAUUGAGUAUCCGUUUUCAUACAUCAAGAACAUCUACCUCAACAACGUUGAAGGUGGUGAUCAGCUUGGUGGGAUCACGAUUGAGCUUCUGCAACCGCCCUUGUUCUACAUGGACUCGUCGACCACUGCGACCUUCAUCCAAGUCAACGACUUUACCGAAGACCUCCAGGCGUCUCGGGUACUAACGCACCACCUCGGUGGAAACCCGAAGGUGCUGAGCGGUCAGCUGGCGAAGCUGGUCAGUCUUGAGGCUUUCAUUCACCGGCAUAGCGCCCCGGCUACUGCGUAUGACCAGCUGCACCCUCUUUCCAUGUCCGCUCCUGUUUCGCCUGCAGCCCGACCGUCGUCGCAGCCGAAUUUUGCACAGCCGCACGUGGGCAUGUUCCAAGAGUCGCAGUGGGGUAUCGCACCUCAUCAUCAGACCAUGAUGAUGCGCGGGCCGGGACACAAGAGACAGCGAAGUCGCAGUGUACCGGGGCCCAUCGACUUCCAGACAAUGCAACUGCUUCAACAUCCCCCGAGCUUUCACAUCACGCAACCGGAGAACCAAACGCAGCUACAAAACCCAAACAUUUUCAGUCCGAUUCCCCAACAACCGAACAUGCUGGGCGCUGUCGGGCCGAACCUACGGAUCGAUACACGAGCGGGCUUCGGCACUCUCGACAUGCGAGCGUACCCGCUCUCCGCGACAACAGCACCCUCGCCGUCCGACUAUUCGAGCCCUAACUUCUUCGCCACUCAGCCUCCUGACAACGGUGGACUUCCAGCGCCUAGCUUUACGCCUUAUAGUGGGACGUUUUCGCCAAUGGCCAAUCCCGCGAGCUUGGGUCUCCCUCCUCCUUCAAUCUCUCCCCUCUCAUUCAACCACUCGGACCCGGCCAUUGUGGGCGAGUCACCGCCAAUGUCGAUGCCUCCAAUCUGCGAGGGUUCUGCUAUCUCGGACGACGGCACCGGUCUGAACGACAUGUACGGGGGUGGGAAGCCGAGCAUCACGCUGCCACUCCACCCUCACUCGCCGUAUGUGGAGUCCAACCAAGCGGAUAUGGAGCUCAACCAGUUCAUGGACCUCAAGCGGUUUGAUGCUGAGCGGGCUUCAAUGUCGCCCGAGAGCGUCCAUGCCCAGUGAUUUGGCAUGCGAUCAUGCCUCACUUUCCUCUGGUUUCGCGAUCCCAGCGACGGGCAUUACCCUUAUCAUCGCUCUCGGGACAGCAUUGAUG